AGGGUUUAUUUUAAAUACAUGCAGUCGAUUGAAUGUAAAACGGCGAACUACUGAAAGCGAAAGAAAACAAAACACCUUUAAAUACAAAUUAAAAGCUGCAAAUGGUGAAAUCAUAGAAGUCUGUAAAAAUUUUUUCCUCACAACGCUUGGGUACAAAAAAACGAACGACAGGGUUUUACACGAUACUCUCACGAAAAUCCCAAGAAACCAGUUAAAUGCUAGACCAGAUCAACGGACAAGAUCAGCCAAGAAAAAAAUAAACUAUGAAUUGGUAGAUGCGCACAUAGAAUCUUUUGAACCAUCUAUAUCACAUUAUAGGAGAGAACACGCUCCAAAUCGAAGAUAUCUGCCGAGCGACAUUUCCGUUUCUGUAAUGUUUGAGUUAUUUAAAUCCCAAUACCCAACCAUGAAAGUUAGCUACGAAGCUUAUCGUUUACGUGUUAAGGUCAAAAAUAUUUCAUUUGCUUCAUUAGGACACGAGGAAUGUGAACGCUGUGAAGAAUUCAAAUUGCAUGAUCACACGAAGGAUGAUUUGCAAGAAAAUUGUGAAAAGUGCUGCUCUUGGAAGAAGCACAUUGAUCACGCCAAAGACUCCAGAGAAUUAUACCAGACGCAUGCCAAAACUAAGUUUGAAGAUGGUACUGUUUGUUUCUCCGUGGACUUGCAGAAGGUGAUCAUGUUGCCCAGGGUCGAUACUUUUAAAACAGUUCUGUUUAUUAAAAGACUUACAACUUAUAACGAAAGCUUUGUCCCAGUAGGAAUUAUGUCAAAACAAAAACCGUUUGCAGUGCUUUGGAAUGAAGCUAUAUCAGGUAGGGACAAAGAAGACAUUGUAAGCUGUUUUUAUGCAUUUUUUCUAAAGCAUCGAGACGCACCAAAAAUUAUUCUUUGGCUGGAUAAUUGUUCCAGCCAAAAUAAAAAUUGGUGUCUUCUUUCUUUCUUUGUUAGGAUAAUAAACUCCUCUGAAAUAUUGGCUAGCGAAAUAUUAAUCAAUUUUUUUGAGCCCGGGCAUACUUUCAUGUCCGCCGAUAGCUUCCACCACCAGGUGGAGCUAUCACUAAAAAGGAAAGGCAAGGUAUACGAUUUUAAUGAUUUUGUAGAAGCUGUACAAAAGGCACAAAAAUCGAGAACUGAAGUAAAAAUAAUGUCUCAUCACGAUUUUUACCAAUGGAAAGACCUUAAAUCUGAGGCAAAAAUGAAACAACAAAAAAAAAGAAUUUAUUUAAGCGAUAUUGUACAAAUAAAAGCUACUCGUGGGUCAUUUUUUUUACAUUAUAAAUCUUCUUUAAACAACGAAUUUGAAAAAUUAGAUUUCCUAUACAAAAAGGCAAUGACAAAGGGUGGUAUUUUUUCACAAUUUGUGCCACUUCGUCGUACUGCACCUAGAGGUUUUCCGAAAACAAAAAAAGAUGCCAUCAUUAAAAAUCUUGGUAACAUAAUGCCAGAGAACCGAAAAGAGUUUUGGAUAAAUUUGCCCGAAACUGAUAACUAAUGAACUUUUGAAAUUUUUUGCAAUUUGUUAUUGUGUGCCUUUUUGUAUAAGCGUUAAAGUUUAAGUUAGUGUGUUAUGUUUUAGUAAGAAAUUAGAAAUUAUUUGUCGAAUUUUUUAACUGUUUGUAUUUGUAAUUUCUAACUGUUUAUAUUUGCGAUUAUUUCAUAUUAUUAUAACCUAAUAAAGCACCUAAUAAAGCACAUUAAAAAAUUAAUCUAUAGUCUUAUUCAAAGUAAAAAUAAAUAUUUAUACAUUUUUGUCAAUCUAUUGAGA